AUGGCAGGAGUCGUCUUCGAGGACCUUUCUGGCACGGCCACUCCGGUCUCUGAAGGCGAGAACCCGUAUCAGGCCCUCAUAGCAGCUUCGAAUAAUGAUCCGGUCCAAUUACAAGCCCGAUAUGCAACCCAUCGCACCACGAGAAACGCGCAGCAGAAAGCUAAGAUCCUCGACCCCAGUUUCCCAGGCUGGACCCUGGAUGAGACACUCGCAAAACUGGACGGCCCCAACAGGGAUCCUACGUUCCUCGAUGACAGAUUCUGCUCCACGUUCUGGGGCCGUCCGCCCCUGCACAUCCGCAACCUGGUCGACAUGAUCCAGCGGGAACUCCGACAGGUCGCUCCAACUCUCUGGUUCAUGCCCCUGGAGAAUCUACACAUCACCAUCUUCGAACUCGUCCAUUCUGUGACCGAACCCGAGAUGGAGGCGAUCAUCUCGCCCCUUCUCGAAACAGGCGCUGCAGAAGAGAUCGUCAACCUCCCUUUGCGCCAUCGGAUACGCCUCAUCAAGCCCAUGAUCGGCUACGACGCGUCUGCGAUGGCUCUCAGCUUUGUCCCAGCUGCUGGGGAGGGACGCAACAGCGUCAGCAGCGAUCAAUACACCUAUCACCAUCUCCGCCGGGAAGUCUACGACAGGACAGUUGCGGCAGGCGUCAAGCCUGUGUCGCGGUAUAUAGUGCCAUCCGCCCAUCUGACAAUCGCACGAUUCAUUACGCAGGACGGGUUCGUCGACGACAGUGGCCGGGUGGACCACACGAGGGUACGCGCGUUGAUUGAGAAGAUCGAGGAGCUCAAUGCCAGACUCGAAGCCGAGUACUGGCCCAAGGAGGACGGGAGCAUCAAAGUAGGCGGGGAGUGGAUCAUAGGGCAAGAAAAAGGCGUGGAUUUUCGAAAGGGACGGCUGUGUAAACGAGCAAUCAAGAUAGAAACCAGAGUCCUGUACGGAGUACUUCGUACUGUAGAAAUCAACGGUGUUGCAUCUGGCGAUCCGGCACAGACAGUCAAAAUGGUCAACGUUCCGAAAACCCGCCGGACGUACUGCAAGUCCAAGCAGUGCCGGAAGCACACCCAACACAAGGUCACCCAGUACAAGGCUGGAAAGGCCUCCCUCUUCGCGCAGGGUAAGCGUCGUUACGACCGGAAGCAGAGCGGUUACGGUGGUCAGACCAAGCCCGUCUUCCACAAGAAAGCCAAGACGACCAAGAAGAUUGUCCUGCGGUUGGAGUGCACCCAAUGCAAGGCCAAGCACCAGCUGGCCCUGAAGCGCUGCAAGCACUUCGAACUGGGUGGUGACAAGAAGACCAAGGGUGCCGCUCUCGUUUUCUAA